UACACUAAGCAUACACUGCAGGAGUCUGUCUACAUCCUGCAACAUGGAUUGUCGGCCUGUGCCAGCUCCUAGGACACGCUUGUCAGCCAACGCGGGCAACCAACCACAGAGUGCCCUGACCUCCCCUGUCUCCAAUUCUCCAAGCACGCCGGAGCCUAGUAAUGUUCGUCCCAGGCCCCCAGUUCCACCAAAGAAAAUCCAAGUUGUGAAAGAUUCAUCUCAGCUUCACACGGAUAUUUCAGCCAUCAGCAUCUCAGACAGCUGCACCACUAUCGCCAUGGCAGCGGGCCAGAAAUCCAUUCCCUCACCAGUUUCUCCCAGCAAGGGCGAACAUCCUGUAAAAGGAUUUAAUUACCUUGCACCACUUCCCUCUCAUGGCAUCCAAUAUACCAAGGACACUGAUAUGAAGGUCACACAAGAUCCAGGAGCAAAGUCUGGUCUUCACAUUAAAAAAUAUCCAGAUCCUGACAACGACAACAGCUCUGUCAACAAGAAAAGCCACAAUCAAGAAGGCCCCUACUCCAUGGCAUGGAACUAUCUUAUGGGUAAUGAUGAGCUGAUGCAGUGGUGGAGCUCAGUAAAACCAUGGGACGAGCUGACAAAUGAUCAUCUGUUGUCAAAAGACAUAGAGGCCAGAACAUUCACCAAGAAAGUGCAAAGGAUCCAGAUGUCCUUGCGUGUGUAUGAUGUUCUUCUGACCGACCGCGGUGAGUCUCUUCAGAACAACAUCACCGAACUUCGGACACUUGCUGACAACAUCGACAAGGUCUCUAAAAAGGUGAAAAUCGCCGCCAUCACGGGUGCCGCUGGUGCCGUUGGAGGCGUUGCGGCUGUUGCCGCCGUGGCCGGGAUCGUGCUCUCUCCCAUCACCUUGGGAGCAUCCCUGGCGGUAACGGCGGCUGCCGUUGGCGUCGGCGUGGCUGCAACCGGCGCGGCCACCGGUGCCUCGGCCGCCAUCGCCAGCAAAGUCACCAACACCCAGGAUAGGAAGAAAGUGGAGAAGAUCCUGCAGGACUACACGAGUGAGAUGGGCGACAUCGAGCGCUGCCUGGCAUUCGUCCAGACGGAGACCGAGCACCUGAGGAGACACGACCUCUCCACCUUGAAAGGCGUUGACGCUGAGGCCGUAACGGUGGCCAAGAUCAUGGAGGUGGCCGGGGGGAGCAGCGGAGCUCUGGGGGCCACUAGCAGGUCCGCUGGCAUCAUCGAGGGGUUUGCAACAGGCAUGGAGCUGCUCUUCACUAAAGGAGAUGACCAGAAGUUGAAGAAAGGCAAGGAGUCCAAAUUUGCCAAAAAGAUACGCACAGUUGCCAAUCAACUCCAAAGUCAGCUGGAAGAGUGUUUCAGGUUUAAACAUGUGUUGGAGGAAAGGAGAUACAGUCUGCCAACUGUAAAUAAAGACAUGAAGUAAAGACUGCAUGCACUGUUGCUCAAAUGUAAUAAAAAUGUUCUCUGCAACCACAGUUUUCAGGGGCCCUCAGCAGUACCUCCACUGCCAGCUAAGACCAUGGUCUUGGGACAGUCCCAGUUGAUCAUAUAACUGGGUGAAUAGACCUGUUAUCAAUGUAAUUCAGUUAUCAUAGGGAGAAGAUAAGCUUGGGGUUUUGUUGUGUGUUUCCAUACUGUCCAGUGGUUGAAGAAGAUAUUGCUGUCUGCCUAAGCUAUACUUCACAUUGAUUUCUUUUAGUUUCUGCAAUGAAUAGGCCUAUAAUCAAAUCUAGAAUCUAUAAUCAAGAUUAAGCAACGAACAGAACAAUAUUAAUAAUUAAAAAAAUAUGCUCAA